UUUGCCGUCUCGAGUAUCUCAAGUAUUGAAACAAUUGAAUAUUGAAGUAUAUAAUUCGAAUUGAUUACGUAAUGCAACAGUAGCUUGGAGUCGGGAGGACUAUAGAAAUAAACGUAUAUAACUUAACGUGUGUAACAGUUUGUACCGUGCGUCCUCAGUCGAAGGAAGUAUGAAUAAAGAUCCUGUAAUAUUACAUGGACCUGAACUAUUAUAUGAGCCAGGCAGAGGAGGCCUAGGAUUCGAACUUUAUCGCUCACUGCAGCUACAUAAAGACAAAAUUGGGCGAUAUAUCAUUGAGACUGGAGAAUCCUGCACGCAUGGCGACAUUUUCGUGAGAAGCAAGAAGCUGGCCAUUUACCUGAAGUCAAAAAAUCUCAAGAAAGAUGACGUUGUUUGUCUGUGCAGCCAGAACCAGAUUCACUCGACUGUACCAUUUUUUGCAGCCAAAUUUAUCGACGUGGGAUAUGCCUCUAUCGAACCAACCAUGGCCGAGGAAGAUCUUGUGUAUCUUUUCGAAUACAUAAAACCUAAGGUGCUAUUUGUUGCUGAAAAUGUGGAGGAGAAAAUUGGAGAAUGUUUGGUGAAAUCGAAUAUUCAAGCGGAAGUUAUCAUUAUAGGAAACUGCGAGAACAAACUAUCUCUCGAAAAAAUUGUAUCGCAAACUGUUGAUGAAGAGUUCACACCAGUGAUAAUCGAAAACCUUAAAGAAACCGCUGUAUUAUUCUUCAGCAGUGGAACCACGGGUAAACCAAAGGGCAUUUGCUGCAAUCAUUAUUCCCUUCUAUCAAAAAUUAUCAAUAUUGGUGAUCAGAUCUUGGAUACAGGAUCCUUCAAUCUUAGCAACUUCACAUUGACUCUAAGCGAAGAUUCAUACAGCAAUACUCUAACAUACUCUCCCAUGUAUUGGAUUUCGGGAAUAUCUCUUGUGAUUAUGGCAACACUUCAUGGAUCAAUUCUUACUAUUGGAGCUACCUUCGACAGUGAGACACUCUGGGGAGCCCUAAAGAAGUACAAGCCAACCGUCGUUUUUUUACCGCCAGGCCAAGUUACGGAUAUUUAUUUGAAAUGGAAAGAAAACUCAUAUGAAGUUAACGAUAAUUUGAAGUUGUUCGUGACAGGCGGUGGUCCAGUCCGACCCUAUCAUCUAGAUUAUAUGGAACAAAUGUUUCCGAAAGCCUACAACUUCCAAAUGCUCGGUUUGACUGAGGCAACCGGUCUCAUAACUUUGUUCAGUGUUAAAGACCCUAAAAGUAAGGUGUUGCAGAAGAAAUACCCCGAAUCUUGUGGACAAGUAGCGGCUGGAAUUUCAAUCAAGAUCGUUGAUGUGGAUACAGAAGAACUAUGUGGGUACAACCAGCAAGGAGAACUGCGAAUCAACACUAAAUUAAUCAUGAAUGGCUACUAUAAAAUGGACUCAAGUUCUUGCUUCGAUCAAGACGGCUGGUUCAAGACCGGCGAUUUGGCAUACAUCAACGAGGAAGAUUGUCUGGUUAUAGUUGAUAGACUCAAAGAUAUAUUGCUCUACACUGUGUACAACAUAAGAACAUCAGUUAUUGAAGACAUUUUAGCGCAGCAUCCUUCAGUUCACGAAUGUUGCGUCAUCGGCAUACCUCACCCUGAAGACAACGAACAUCCGAUGGGCGUAGUAAAAUUGAAAAACGGAUUUAACGGCAAGACCACAUCGGAGGAAAUUUUAGAUUUUUUUAACCAAAGAGUACCCUCUGACAGGUAUAAAAUAAGAGCAGGAGUUAAACUUGUAAAUGAAAUAGUUAAAACACCAACAGGAAAAAUCAAAAAAGUUGCUAUGAAAAAACUAAUUCUUGAAAAUCAAUUAUAGUUUUCUAUUUCA